CUGUUCUAUUCUGGAUAGAUCCAGAACCAGAUCGACCUCUCUUCUCGUCUCCUCGUACUGCCCGGCGCCCUCCUCCCCGUCGGCACCUCCUCCCCGGUCGCCGGCGCUCUCUCCGUUCGCCGCGACGUACCCCGUUCGUCGACCGUCCCUGUCCGGCCGCCGCGGCCACCCCCGCGUCGCCAUCUCCGGCCAGCGCGGCCUCUCACGGCUCGCGGACUGCCUGGCGUGCCGGCUGCCGCCUUCAACCCCGGCCGGCGCGGACUCCCCCCGCCUCGCCGACUGCACGCCCGCCCCCGUCCCCCCGGUUCCCGCCUUCGCACCGGCCUCUGCCCCGGGUACCCGGCUGCCGCCGCCACCCCUGGCCGGCGCGGCCUCCACCGCCUCCCCCCGCCGCCGCGGUCUCUCCCGGGCGCCCUUAACUCGGCCUCCAGCAGACUCUCUGGCCGGCCCGGCCUCCACCAUGGAGCAGCAGAGCAUUAGUUGUUAUCUCAGGAUCUGUGAUAAAUGACCGAGCUUCCUUUUAGAUCUUCUGUUAAUUCUUCUUGGUCAGUAAAACAGAUGAUUUAAGAAAAAUGCUGGAUUACAUAAACAUAUCUUAUACUGAAGGCACUGAAGGGCUCCCUUUUACCCCUUUACAGCUUUAUCUAAACAUGACUGGUAAACAAAUCUAGAGAAGAUACAAGGGAAAUAGCGACAUAAAGCAAAAGAUUAAGGGUGGCUUACAAUGGCUGGAGGUCAGCAGACAACUUCAGUUCCGAUGGAUAAUGCAGCAGUUGUUGAUGCCAAACCCUUGCGGACAUUGACUCCCAUGUUCCCUGCAGCACUUGGUCUGCACACUUUCACUGCAAAAGAAAACUCAUCUUCAAUUGUCUGUGUCACCCCGUUUGGACCGUAUGCUGGGGGCACUGAACAGGCAAUGCCUGCUAGUAUUCCACCAAUGUUUGCAUCACCAGCUGCCCCUACAGAGCCCAACCAGAGGCAGCCGUAUAUGGUUCACUUGAAUGGAGCUGCUCCUGCUAACGGUACAGCGAACAACACAGUGGUCAUCCCUGAUUUGCAAACAUCUGGAGCAGCCACGGCUGAAUCUGGUAAGAGGAAGAGGGGUAGACCCCGGCGUGUGCAAGAUUCUUCUGUUCCUUCAGCUCAUUUGAUUCCUCCAGUUUCUUCAGCUCCAGGAGGUAAUUUCACUGCUGUCCAGGCGCCUUCUUCAGCAACCACAGAUGCACCUGGUAAGAAGAAGAGGGGUAGACCCAGGCGUGUAGAUGUUCCUAUACUGUCAACUCCUUCAGCUCCUCAAGUACAUAGUACACCAGUUCUUCAGACACCUCCUGCAUCUGCUGUAAAUCAAUCUGGUACAAGGAAAAGGGGGCGACCCAGGCGUGUACAGGAUAAUGCAGAUACUUCAGCUCCCCCAAUUCAAUCAAAAUAUAGUGAGCCUGUUUUACAGACACCUUCUGUUGUCACCUCAUCAGAGAAUGGUAAGAGGAAGAGAGGACGGCCAAAGCGUGUGCCUGAUAGUUCACUGAUUUCUUCAAGUCAUUCAGGUUUUUCAAUUGAUGAUGAUUCUGGUGACAUAACAACAGGGAAACGUGGACGGCCUAGGAAAAUUGAUGUCAAUCUGCUGAACCUGCCACCUUUGUUUUCAGAUGAUCCUAGGGAAUCUGCUGAUAAUGUACUUAUGAUGUUUGAUGCAUUGAGGCGGAGGCUCAUGCAGUUGGAUGAGGUGAAGGAAGGAGCAAAGCAACAACAUAACUUGAAGGCUGGGAGCAUCAUGAUGAGUGCUGAACUUCGCACAAAUAAGAACAAGAGGAUUGGAGAGGUUUCAGGUGUUGAAGUUGGUGAUAUGUUCUACUUCAGAAUUGAGAUGUGUCUGGUAGGACUUAAUAGUCAGAGCAUGUCCGGGAUUGAUUACAUGUCUGCUAAGUUUGGUAAUGAGGAGGAUCCUGUGGCUAUCAGUAUCGUGUCAGCUGGUGUGUAUGAGAAUACUGAAGAUGAUCCAGAUGUGCUGGUUUACACUGGACAGGGCAUGUCUGGAAAGGAUGACCAAAAGCUUGAGAGAGGUAAUCUUGCACUUGAGAGGAGUUUACAUAGAGGUAAUCAAAUCAGAGUUGUUCGAAGCGUAAAAGAUUUGACUUGUCCUACUGGUAAGAUAUACAUUUAUGAUGGCCUUUAUAAAAUAAGAGAAGCGUGGGUCGAGAAAGGAAAAUCUGGCUUUAAUGUGUUCAAACACAAGUUGAUCAGGGAACCUGGUCAACCUGAUGGCAUUGCGGUUUGGAAGAAGACUGAAAAAUGGAGGGAAAAUCCAUCCUGUAGAGAUCAUGUUAUAUUGCGUGAUAUAUCAUAUGGCGCAGAAAGCAAGCCUGUUUGCCUUGUAAAUGAAGUGGAUGAUGAGAAAGGUCCUAGCCACUUCACCUACACAACUAAACUGAGCUACAUAAAUUCUCUCAGCUCAAUGAGAAAGAUGCAGGGCUGCAGUUGCGCAAGUGUAUGUCUUCCUGGUGAUGACAACUGCUCUUGCACACAUCGGAAUGCUGGUGAUCUGCCCUACAGUGCUUCAGGCAUACUUGUUAGCCGGAUGCCUGUGUUGUAUGAGUGUAACGAUUCCUGUAAGUGCUCACAUAAUUGCCGGAACCGAGUUGUACAGAAAGGUUCCCAGAUCCACUUUGAAGUGUUUAAGACAGGAGAUCGAGGUUGGGGACUUCGUAGUUGGGAUCCAAUUCGAGCUGGCACAUUUAUUUGUGAAUAUGCAGGUGAGGUUAUUGACAAAAACAGUAUGAUUGGAGAAGAUGAUUACAUCUUUGAGACACCUCCUUCUGAGCAGAAUUUAAGAUGGAACUAUGCGCCAGAAUUACUGGGUGAACCUAAUCUCUCUGACUCAAGUGAGACACCUAAGCAACUGCCAAUAAUCAUCAGUGCAAAACGAACUGGAAACAUAGCUCGCUUUAUGAACCACAGCUGCUCACCAAAUGUCUUUUGGCAACCAGUUUUGUAUGAUCAUGGUGAUGAGGGGUACCCACAUAUCGCAUUCUUUGCAAUUAAGCAUAUUCCUCCAAUGACAGAGCUUAUGUAUGAUUAUGGUCAGAGCCAGGGUAAUGUUCAACUGGGAAUCAAUUCUGGAUGUCGGAAGUCCAAAAACUGCUUAUGUUGGUCGCGCAAAUGCAGAGGUUCCUUUGGCUAAAAAAAUGUGAACCCUGUAAUGGAAACAUUAAAGCAUAAUCUGCCAUUACAAGCAGGCGAUUGUUGUAGAGUUAUGAAGCAGCAGGGUGCAUUUGGCGUUCAAGGUGGCAUUUAAUAAGGUUGGUCUUUGUCAGAUGAGAUUCAUGAGAACGCAAAAGAGGGUAUUUAUUGCACAAAGCGUUGGCAUCGUACCAAACUCUAUUGGAAUAACUAGUGUUUAGCGUAGCUUUUGAAUUCCGAGAAGGUUGGACCUGUGUUACUAUGUUCUUGUAGUGUUGUUGUUUCUCCUGUUUAAGAGAACUUUACCGACUGUAUAACGCCAUGCAUGGUUGCACUGCAAGAUCUUCCUGGGCUUCACAUGCCAGUCGUGCACUCGCCAUUUGUUUUUCGUAAUAUUAAUGGCCUACAUAAUGCUUCCUGUAGUGUACUCAUCAUGGCAGUAGCUCCAGUCAUCUGCCGAGGUUGAAA